CAAACAAUCAUCAUUGACUUUAUAUCAUUUUCUUAUCAGUAUACUUUCUACUGGAAUAUAACUCAAUGUUUUCACAUAUAACGAUCUAGUAUGUAAAAACACUUGGUUCUAUAUGGAUACAAAUUCGAAAAGACAAGACUUCAGCACAUCUACGAAUAUUCAAUUUUCAUUUUGUCAAAUACGGUCUAAAAGGAAUGUUGAAGUAUAUAGAGUAGAAAUUCGCACUCCCCUCCCCCUCCCUAGACAAAUCAUGUAUUAGGAACAUCUCAUUAGAACAUGUUGUUGACAGAGUCAGAUCGGCUCAAUCUACCCUGAUAAGUAAAAUAGAUCUAUAAAAAAUCUCUAUAUUGACAGGAGGUGGAGGACGGAGAAUGUUUGUUCUCGAGAUAUCGAAAUUUUCAACGAAUAGCUGUGGUCAUGCGGAAAAUUGACUUUCAAUUCGCAUGAAAAAAAAUUCUUAAUAAAAUAAGUUAAUUGUGUAAGUUAUAGUAUUUCCUUUCGAAACAUGCAAAAGAAUUUAAAAUAUUUAAUAUUUCAGAAUAGGAGAAAGUUAAAACGUGCCCAAUAAAUUAAUUUUAUUGAGAACCUCGUUCAUGUAAAUCGAAAGUUAAUUUUCUGAAUAAACACUGAUUUUCAUUGAGAAUUUUGAUAUGUCGAGAAAGAAGACUUGGCAAAGCGGAUCACUCUAGACUGAUCAAAUGCAUAUUAUGACAGUCGAAAAGCGAUAUGAUUUUUGAAGAGGUUCCCAUAUGAUUAGAAUUCAUCGAGUAUGUUUAAUAAACAUACAACCUUCUACUAAACACUUCCAAUUUUCUAUUUUAAUUGAUAAAGAAUUUGUCUCAGUUUUGAAAAUAUUCAACUAGAAAAUAAACACAUGCUUACUUAAUAAUUAAACAGAAUUUAUCUAUUUUCGAUAUUAGAUAAAAUGUUUAGUAAGUCAAUAUGAUGAACUUAUUUCUCAAAUUGGAUAUGAUCAAAAACGAAGAAUUAAACCAAAAAUUGAUGAACCAUUAUCAAUAAGUAUUCUUGAUGAAAAUUCGACUAAUAUUUUUAAUAAUACUCAAGAAUGUUCAACAACAAUUGAUUAUGAUUUUGUUUAUUCUUAUUCACUUAUUAAUUGUCUUAUUAAAAUGAAAUCAUUUUAUUCUGAAAAAAAACAAUUAAUUAAAUUAUGUGAAAAUAUUUAUAAAGAAAAUCCAAAUGAAUUAUUAAUAAUUGAAGAAUUUAGAAAACAAUAUUCAUCUUUAAAAUCAUUAUCUUGGUUAACAAGAGAUUCAUUUAUUCAAAGAUUAAUUAAUAAAGCAUUAAGAAUAAAAAAUUUUCAUAUUUUAUUUUUAUCUCGAUUUUAUUUUCAAGAUAUUUAUCAACAACUUGAAAAAUAUAAAUGUUUAAAAUCAAUUCGUGUUUAUCGAAGUUAUCAUUUAUCAACAAAUCAAUUAAAUUUAUUUCAAAAUUCUAUUGGAAAAAUUAUUUCAAUAAAUUCAUUUUUUCUAACAAAUCUAAAUCGUCGACAAUCAAUUUCUUAUUUUAAAGAAUCAAUUUUAAAUGAUGAUUAUCAUUCUAUUCUAUUUGAAAUUGAUGCUGAUCCUCAUUUAAAUAAUAUUCAUCCAUUUGCUAAUAUAACAUCAUUAAGUUAUUCUAUUGGAGAACAAAUUGUACUUUUUAUGUCAUCUUCAUUAUUUCGAAUAAUUAAUAUUCAACAUGAUAAUAAUUCAUUUAUUAUUAUUCAAUUAAAAUUAUGUAAUCAAAAUGAACAAGAUUUAAAUAUAUUAAAAUUAUCAGAUCAAUUUGAUUUUAUUUCAUUUGGUCAAUUAAUAAUUGAUAGAAAAAAAUUUGAUCAAGCUCAAAUAUAUUAUAAUUAUUUAAUUCCUCAAAUAUCUGAUGAUAAUUCAGAUAUUACUAUAUGUUAUGAUGCACUUGGAUAUAUUCUAUCAGAAAAACAUCAAUAUAAUUCAAGUUUAAAAUGGUAUGAAAAAUCACUUAUAAUUAAAAAGAAAUUAUUUGAUUCUGAUGAUUUACGUAUAAUAUCUACGUAUAAUUCAAUUGCUUCAUUGCAUCUUACUAAUAAUGAUUAUAAUCAUGCAUUAGAAUCUUAUGAGAAAGUAUUUCAAAUUCUUCAACGAAAAUAUGGUGCUGAUCAUCCACGUCUAGCAGAAUGUUAUAAUAAUAUGGCAAUGGUUCGUAAAAAUCAAGAACAAUAUCGAGAAGCUCUUAAUUUAUAUAAUAAAGCAUUAUCUAUUUAUGAAAAACAUAAUGUUGAUAAUAAUAUUAAUUUAGCUUUAUCAUAUAAUAAUGUUAGUUUAGUUUAUCAUCAUUUAACUGAAUAUGAUCUUGCAUUAGAAUAUGGUAAUCAAUCAUUAAAAAUUUAUGAAAAUAUUCUUCCACUUAAACAUUCUCUUAUUUCAAUGACAUUAGAAAAUAUUGCAAAUAUUUAUUAUGAUAAAGGAGAUUUUCGUCAAGCACUUAAAUAUUAUGAAAGAGCAGCUAAGAUUUAUUAUCAUAUUUUACCUUCAACAUCUUCUGAUGUUUUACAAAUUCGAAUGAUUAUUAAAAAUAUUCAAGCAAAAAUCUAA